GCCCCGAGAAGCCCCGUUCUGGGGACAGCAGGCAACGAUGUGCCGACAACGAACGGCCCUUUAAAACCUGGCUCUCGCUACCCGACGGUCCCUAUAAAUGGCGCCCCAGCUGUUCCCAGGGCUGAACUUCCGGUUCCGUCGGGAGCGAGCGGGAGAAAACCUGGUCGGCUUGUAAUGGCAAUAGCGGCGUCUGCCUUUGGUUACGGGCGGCUUCUUUCUCGGACAGCAUUUCUGUUGAGGUCUACAAUUCGAAGUCUGAGUGCACAAAACACUUCACCAGUUCAAGGGCUACUUCCAAAAACAUCCUUGUCAUCACCUCCAUGGCCUGAAAUCAAGCUACCAGAUCCAGCAGAGGAGGCAGAACAUCAUAGAGAGAUUGUACAAAAUGUGAAUGAGUUAAUUGCUACUGGGCAAUAUGGAAGACUGUUUGCAGUUGUUCACUUUGCCAGUAGACAGUGGAAAAUAACUAGUGAAGACUUGAUUUUAAUUGAAAACCACAUACCCGCUGAAUGUGGAGACAGAAUCAGAAUGGAAAAGGUACUGUUGGUGGGGGCUGAUAACUUCACACUGCUGGGAAAGCCUCUCCUGGGAAAGGACCUAGUCCGCGUGGAGGCCACUGUUAUAGAGAAGACUGAUUCUUGGCCAAGAGUUAAUGUGAAGUUCCGUCGAAGGAAGAGUUAUGAGAUAAGAAAAAUUGUCAUUCAGCCGCAAACUGUUCUCCGGAUAAAUUCCAUUGAAAUUGCUCCUGUUCUGUCAUGAUGGAUUGGUUUGUAACAUCUUGGGAGCAUUAAGAAAAUAGAAAAUGUUCAUGUUACAUUUGGUUAUUCUCAGUAAACAUUUUUUUAAAAUAUUAUUAUAAUCAUUAUUGUUGCCAUCACCAAAUAUCUUUAUUGCUUGUGUACUUUUUAUUUUUAAAUUAAAAUAUUAUAAAUAAAACAAAAUUCAAAAACUAAAAUCAAGACA